AUGAUCGAGGGCUACGAGCAUGAGCUCAACGCUGGCAAGAAGGCAGUGGAGGAUGCUCGGGCACAGCUGGAGUCCUGGUUUUCCCGAAAGCUUGAGGAUGCCGACAUUGUGGGUGAGGAGAGAGCCGUGUACGACACGGUCAUACGGGCCGUGGACAGCGCCUUCCUGGUGCUAAAUGGCAAGAUGAAGGCUGUGAAAACUGCAACUGCCCCUCCGAAGGAACCCAAGGGAAAGGCCAAGGCCAAGGCUGGCAAUCGUCGCUCUAUCAGCACUCCUUUGCACGCUUACGUCAUGCGGAGCAUCGGCAAAGGAGUCAAGCUUCCAACACUUGCAGUGAAGUUGGCUACCCAGCCUUUCAUGAUAAGUACUCGAACACUUAGCAUGACAAACCCCAUCCCUGAGCCGCCUUCGCUGUCCAUCGGUGUGGGCCUGCAUCCAUCCGAGGAGACUUCGUUUGUGGGGGCCCGUGAGAUGCUUGACGCCGUGAACAAGGAGUUCCAGGGCUGUGGCUUGGAACUUGGUGGGGCUGCAGGUGAGCUGAUCUCCACUUCGGGGAGAUGGUCUAGCAAUGUCCAGCGGGAUAUGCUACGAAGGUGCAAAACCGCCAAGGUUCCGGUUUCAAAGUUGCAGGUCCCGGUGAUCAUGAAGCGUGUGCUGAUGAAGCGGCAACUUCCUGUGGUGCUACCACAUGAAGUGUUUCCUUGGCUGGUGCGACAUGGCAUUAUUCCGCUGAAUGAUACGGAUGAGAUUACAAAGUUCUGGUCACACGCUAGAACGGCAGGGAUGCCAACCAUGGGGGCCACCGACCACCAUAUCCCGUUAUACCUGUGGGGUGAUGAUGCCCGGUUCACAGAGACACACGAGGAUAAACUUGUGGCUGUGGCCUUUGGGAGGGUGCUUGAGACUUCCAAGAAUGCCCUCCACAGUGUUUGGCCUCUGUUUCUUUAUCAACAGGUUGUGAAGUCUUUCAACAUCCUCUUCGAGCAGGGUGUUGUGGUACAGACUCCCAAUGGGGAGAAGAAGCGUGUCUAUGCGGCGGUUGUCCAGUACCAAGGAGACUGGAAGUGGCACAAGGCCUGA